CAACACCAGACAAGAUGAAAUCCUUCCUCGUAGUUAUCGCCAUCUCAGCUCUCAUCGUCUUAGCUAAGGGAGAUGACAUUAAGGAGAAAUUUAAGAAAACCGCUGAAAAAUGCAAAGAAAAACAUGCCAUUAAAGAAGAUGAAAUUCAAAAGCUGAAGGAAAAAGAUACUGAAUUUCAAUUCUCACACGAAGCUAAGUGCUACAUGGCCUGCUUUCUUGAGGAAGGAAAGAUCCUACAAAAUGGAAAAUAUAACAAAGAAAAUGCCCUUGUCAUGGUCGACGUAAUUCAUAAGGAUAAUCCUGACCAAGCAGCUAAAGGAAAAGAAAUCGUCGAAACUUGUGCUAAACAAUAUCCAGAAGUAGGUCCAGAUCAAUGUGAGUUUGCUUAUCAAGUGUCAGUCUGUGCUGCCAAAGAAGCGAAGAAGGUGGGCUUGGAGAAAACUGAUUUUUAUUCAAAAUAAAAAAAAUAGCACUUUCAGAAAACAGCAAAAUUUCCACUGUAUCUCACAUACAAUAAAAAUAAGAAAAUUUCUUUUUAAUGUAAUACAGGAC